AAUGAGGCAUGUUAGGCUGGCUGCUGUGUGACAAGCACCGAUAAACCAGCCGCUGUUACACAGUUACACACCUUACCUGAAAAGAGGGGUUUGUCAUUUCUGAGUCCUAUUCGGCUCUAUGCGCAGGAGUCAGGACAGCCUCCUUUAAGAUGGGAUUUAACCCCCAGUCCACGAUGUCCAUUCACUAAAUGGAAAGGGGUCGCUCGCAUAUUUCCCAGAUUCUGGACAUCCCCAGCUCACAUGCGUACGCCGUACGCCUCUUCCUGUUUCGACGCCUAACAUCUCAACAAAACAUUGUUAGCUCUCCCCAUUCUCAGUCUCAAAGGGCUCCGAAAUCUCAGCAUGCCAGGUCGGGUACCCGUGUCUUCUCCAUCACCGCCUCUGGCAGGCUCCAUCUGGUUUCUCCCCCGCAGGGACGAGGUGUCCGACAGCGAUGCCCCGUUCAAUCCUCGCCUCCCACCUUCGGAGGCUUUUAACCAUCCCGUCGUAGUACUUUCCAGGAGCAAUGAGAUCAAUGGCCACGUCGACAUCCUCAAAAUCACUUCCUUUGGGGGAAGCACCCUUUCGGAUCGAUUUCCUCGCUCCUUCAAACGUCGCCGCCAGUUCCUCCCGAUCCACCCAUCCGACCCCCAUCCUGACUCGGGAAUCUUCUUGUCGCUCGCCGAGGGGAAGAUGGAUAAACGGUCAUACAUCAACAUCUCCGACGUCUUCAGGGUUCCGUUCCAAAUUCUCCGCCGCGUCAGGAAUGGGACGAGACCCCGCCUGACGUCCAGCUCCUACGACAAAUUGGCAAGCAUCAGGCGUAAAUACCGGUAUGACACGUCCAAUCUGGUCACGGCGACAACCUCUUUACCCAAUGACAUGGACGAGACGCCGUAUCCUGAGUUGGCCCUCCUGAAUGCGCCCCUGAUUUCUUCAUAUGGAACGCUAUCCGGACAACCAUCAUCCCCUUUGCAAUCCUGGUCCGGACGAACAUUCCAAUCCGCGGAACCCGGCCCAUAUUACCCUUCCUCGCCAGCCUUCCAACAACCUCGACCUCUCGUCGGACAAGAGUCUUAUACUCUCCCUAUCCGAGACCUCCCAAUUCAUCGCAGACGACAAGAGGUUCCCAUCCGGAGCAUCAUACAAGAAUGGCUGCCAACCUGGGGCACGAUCCUAACAUGGGCCUCGAUCGCAUUAUGCCUCUAUGGCAUAUGUUAUUUAACUUAUCUUGCAGCUCAAGCUGGUAUGGUCAUGGUGGCAUCCUUGGGCCACUGGCUAGGUCCGUUGCCCGAUAGGAUUGCAGGAAAGAUUUCAGAUGUAGUUCAAUUCGUGGGACAAUGGCUCAGCAGAAAGAUGAGGUUGGGUUUGGGUUAAAUACUUCUUCGGUCUUCCGUCUGGCGUCGCCCGUCUGGGGAGUCGUGUCGGAGACUGACUAUGACUCUGGUGCCGAUCAAAUCAGCCUCCGUUACAUGACCAGAUUCUUUUCUGAUACGGGAUUUCUAUGAGCUGCAGGCUCGUUCUUCGUUUGAUAGGCAGGGGUUUGGCUUUAUGAUCUGAGUCAAUUUAUUGCAAAGUCCAAGAUUGCGAUCCAAUAGGGAGACCGUGAAAGUAUCCGUGAUGCUGGCGUCUAUAGAUAAGCACUCCACAGGCUGCUUGCG